CGGAAAGGUACACAGGCAUUUAAAUUUCUAGGAAAUUCGGUGAAGGAAGAAUUUCAUUGAAAAUGUGGUUUCAUUUGAAAGUUAAGUAUAAGAUGGAAUUCUGUAAGCAUUCCAAAUAAAUUAUGGGAUAUGUGUUGAUUAAUCUUAAGUGUCGUCGCCCUCAACUCAGCGCAGAUGUGUUUUAAGAGGAAUACAGAAUUUUGCUGAAAAUUUUCUAAAGGGAACAAUGAGGAAAUACGUUUCCUAGAUAGAUGCUGCUGCCGAAGAUUGCCUGAAGCUGAAUCUCUGCAAUUCUCUAAUGUUUUUUUAAGUGAAAACAAAUCAUUGUGUGCUUUAGAAGAAAAAUAGUGCAAAAAAGGUACAGAAAGAUUUGAAGAAGAAUGUUGCAUUGUUUAAAUUGAUGUGCUGUUAGCUUUUGUAUUCUUUUGAAUACAAAAAUGGCUACUUCCGUUCAAGCUUGCCUUCCUAAUAGCUGCAAAAAUCAACAUCAAGUGAAGCCUGUUGCCAAAAGUCCAAAUAUUCUCCGACGUUCUAGCACUAAGCAAAAUGCUGCAAACAGGAAAAGUGCUGUCGAAAGGUUAGAAGAAAGUAAAGCUAAUUAUGUGAAAUCAGAAAGAGUUUUAGACACUAAACAGGAAUUUAAAAAUAGUUCCCAUCUUCGUGUGAGUACUGGUCCACAGUUAGAUAUAUUUUUUAAGACACCUGCCAAACAUCCUCCUGACAGCCCUAAAACUACAAGUUCAUCUGAAGAAGUUAAACUUUCAUUCUUGCGAAUCCAUCAUCAGCCUGCUUCGCAAAUAACUAAUUCUCCACCAAAAGUGCGAGCUAGAGCCAAAUCGCAUUCCGAGUAUCGUGAAGCACCAAUUGUACGGAAACACUCUUUCGCUAGCCAGUGCAGUCGGCAUAGAAUUGAAGUUUUAAUUGAUAUUGAAUCACAGCUGAAACAGCUUAUAACUUCUGGCUCUAGAGAAAAUAUUGCUGUGGCUCAAGAAACUAUAGUUUCAGGCACUGCUCACACCGAAGCUCAACUUGUGUCUAAAACUAUGAAAUCAUCUGAAAUACCUAAGGUACGGAGAGGUUAUUCUGAUCCAGUUAGAAAAAGUUGUUGGAUACCGUCAGACGUAUCUCCAGAAGCAGACGUUUGCAUUCAUAAGAGUAUGCCAGAUCUUUCACCUUCUCCUUGUAGUGCUCAAGUUCCAUCUUCCAGUUUGUCUUCUGGUGAUUCUAGUGACCUUCUAAUUACUGAACAUACAGAAAAUGCUAGAUAUUUUAUACCUGAGCACAAAUUAAGUGGUAAAAAUAUUGCUGUUAUAAAAAAGACUGAGAAAGAGGAUGAUGUCUUUGAUUCAUAUAAAGAACCUAGACGAUUUUCUAAUGGAACAGGAAUGUUGCAUCUUACACCAUACUAUUCAGCAUCAAAUCAACUUCAAAGGAGGCCAGUUAGCAGGUCAAAAUCAGACGUUUCUCAUCGUUAUUCGAAGAGAUGCUCUGAGUAUUUUCCUAAACGGACUAAUAACUAUACCAGUGCUGAAAUUGAAAGAUUCUUUGAUACUAUGGGGCUUGAUACAAAUGCUUGGCGUCAUAUUACUUCUCCAUCUCUAGUCUCCAGUCCUCCUUGCUUCUUUGAAAGUGUUAGCUCAGUUGAUUCAAAUGAAGCUAGGUCAAGUGUUUGCAGUGAUGAUUCCGCACCUGAAAUCCAACGGGAAGGAUUAAGGAAUCAGGAUCUGAGAGGUCAUGGGCAUUUAGAAACUUCUAUUGUAGAAAAAAAUGCUAGGGUCAUCAAAUGGUUAUACAAUUGUCGCAAAGCAACGUGUGAAACAUGACUUUUAACAAAAUAGUAUUUUUGGCCCAUCCUGUUGGUAGAAAAUGGUGCUUAAGUCAUACGAAAUUGGAAAGGAUGCUGGCGCCUUAAUCAUUUGAAAUGAUUUCAAUAUUUAGAUAUUUAAAUCUGCCUGGUGCAGAUUAAAGAAAAAUGAAAACUUUUUGCUCAUUCCUUGUGAUAACUGUGUCAUUGACACUUACUUGUAUUUGUCUUUUGUAAAGACCUUGUAAUAUUAAUGGUGGGAUGAUAGUGUUGUAUUUAUGCUUUCCUUAUUUUUAUAUUGUGUUUCUAAAAUGCUAUUAUGCUGGGAUUAAAUUUGCUAAUCAAUUUUCAGCAUUGCUUAUCUGGAUUUAAAUAAGGUCUGUCGAGUGAUUUCAUUUUUAUUUGGUUAUUGAAUAUAUGUUGACAUUUUACACAAUAAUUUAUUUGGUUAUAUCUGCUCUCAGAUUUAUUUAUAAUCUUUAAAAAGGAAUUUUGUAAAUGAGAUUUUUGUUUGCUGCUCUUCAUCUGACACAUAGAUAUAUUAAAUGUAUAAAAAACUGGAUUCUUUAGAUAAUACAUAUUUAAAUGUGUUGGAAUAUCUGCAGUCUUAUUGGUUGCAUAUAGUUUAAAAUAGUACUAGUAAUUGAAGAUUUUUUAUUUUGUCUAAUAAUUAAAAAAGUUUAGCUUUUAUAUAUGUUUUUUAUGUGUUACAUAUAAACAUAGUUAUUUAGAUGUAACAUUGCAUUUUAUUAUUGCUUUUGACAUAUUUGUUUGCAUUUAAAAAUUUAUGCUUACUUAACCCUUAACCAGUAAUGUAGUGUCUGUCAGACUUUAGCACACGCACACAAAAAACAUCCCCUAAACGAAUUCAGUGGUUAUGCUAUUUCACCUAAGUUUUGAUAUAUUCGGACAAACUGGUAAUCAAAACUGAUUUGGUUUAUUUAGUACUCGAGGGCUAUCUGCCUAAGGGGAGGGAUGCCUUUGUGGAUUACUUUCAAAGGGAAACUGGCUCAUAUACAUAAUACACAUGGGGAAAAUCAUGAAAAUGCCCAUAGAGCCAACCCAUUUGCUAGGAUUUGAAUCCCGAACUGAACUACCAGUGUUUAGAGACUUUACCACUUAGCCAUUCUCAAGGUGAAAGACUGAGAAUAAAUACUCUUUAAAGACAACCACAUCUCUGUUUGUAUUUGUAAAUCAUCUUCAUAAGUAGCUUUUGAGAUGCCAUGUUUUCAUUCAUGUUGAGUGAAAAUUUAUCAUUUAAAUUAUAAAAGCCUAUAAAAAUGUAAAAUAUGCCAUAUUUUUCAAGUGAUAAAUUAUUUAUGCUUGCACUGUGAACAGUGCACAAAAUCAGUGUGCAAUAAAUGCUUUGCAAAAUGAUUCUUGCUGGAUCCCAAUCUCUUUGUUGGAUUUUUCAUCAUUUUUAGUUUAUCAGUUUAUCAGACUUUUAUGAAACAUGUAGCAAAAAAUAUACAAGGAUAGUUUUUAUUUAUAUUUCAUACUGUAAAACUGAAAAUGAACAUUUAUUUACACAUAUUUUCAGUUAAUGGUUUGCUGCAUUUCCUCCCCCACCUUUUUAUAUGCCUGUUUAUUCUCUUUUAAUAUUUAACAUAUAUUUACUUUAUUUGGUUCUUAUAAAAUUUUGAGUUUAUGUUUGGUUUUAUAUAUUUAUUUUUUCAUUAAGAAAUGUAGCUUCUCAGAUACACAUUUUAGAUUGCAUAACAGGUAAUGAAGGUUAUUGGUUAAGGGUUAAUAAUGUGAUAAUAUUAUGUUACUUAUUGAGAUAAAUUCAGCAAAGUUAUUACUAUGAUGCUAUGGAUGGAUUAUUACUAUGAUGCUUGAUUUAUGGUAAUGCUGUGCAUUAAUUUUUUCAUUAGUUAUAAAAAAUGACUGACAUCCAAAUUAAUUUGAUGUUAAGGUGUGUUUUUCAUGUACUGAAACAUUCAGUUGCAAAAAGCAUUAGCAUUUACAUAUAUAAGACAUUCCAUUACUAUUUUUUAGCUUUAUGUUACUAUGCAAAUCAGUAUUAAGUAUGUUAGUACUAUUACAUCACAUGCAUGUUUAUGUCCCUUCUUUUUAUUUUCAUUCAGGUUUCACAAUCACGCUUAUAUUUCUUAAACCUGUGUAUGUAUAUUAGUGUUUUCUGUUAAUUUUUGUUUUUUUAGCAAUAUGUAAUUAAAUUUAUGAUAUAUGGCUUUCAUACAUUAUGCAUAUUUUGAUUUGAUCAAAGAUUACAUUUUGGUUCCCAUUACUUUUAAUGUAUCAUUGAAAAAGCAUUGAAAUUUAUAGAAAAGUAUCUUUAAAUUAGGGUUGCAUAACAUUGAUGUAAGGUCAAAGUAUUUGCUUGAAGUAACAGCAAAAAUUAAUGUAAUUUAAAAAUAAAUUUGAAUUUUUAAAAAAUUGAAAUUACUAUGAAUGAACAAAAUUUCAAAAUUAUCUUAAAAAUAUCUAUAGAGAAUAAUUGAUAGUUAGGUAAAAUGAAACGGUUCCUCUUUUGAAGGUGUGGGAUAUUUGAUGUAGAUUAAUUUUCAGAGACAAGAAGGCUUGGAAAUAAAUAUCUUCCAUACUAGUCCAUACAUCUUCAAUACUGUAAGAUUCAUUGGCAUGUGAAUUUUAUCAUUUACAUGACAUGCAUGUACUUAAAAAUUUGUUUUUUCUCGAAAAUGAGUUAUAGUCAAAUUUGUUUGCUGAAAAGAAACUGGGUAUUUUUAUUAGCACAGAAAAAUAAAAUGCUUUUUUUCUGAAGUGAAAUGCUUUGCAACACGGUAAAGAUCUCUAGAAAUAGCAAUAGGAGGAAAAGAUUUAAUGUAAAAUAAUAACAGGUGAAUGUUCAAGUGUUUACAGCAUGAAAAUAAAUCACUUUAUAAUAAUUAUUUUGUGAAAUGGUAUGGUGCUUUGUCUGAGGCGAAAAAUUACUCUCACUUGCUUUUAUUGCGUGCUUGCAUUCUUUUUUUUUUUUUUUUAAAUAUCAAAUUAAUUGAAGUUUUCAGGUAUGUUUUUGAAGAAAAUUGAGUCUAAGCUGAUAUCUUAUUCAUAAUAAUGCUUUUAAAUAAGUUGAUACAGAGCUGGUGAUGAAUCAGUUGAAGAAUGCUAGAAAAUGAUUGAAAAAAUCAGUUGAUGCAUGCUAGAAAAUAAUUGAUAAAAUAAUAAAGCAAAUAAAAAAUAUAUGCUACUAUUAUAAAUACAAUGUAAAAAUGUAUAUAAAUUUACAGUUCCUUGUAAAUGAAAAUUAAAGUGACAGUAGCUGUUAAAUUUGCUAUCUCUAUUGCAUGGGUGUGGUAGGAGUUUGUCAUAUUUUUUGUUACAGGUGUGCUAGAUAAUAAAAUCCUAGUUUUAUUCUUUGUGUGAAAAUAUAGACCAAAUCUUCUGAAUCUGUUUUAGAUUCUUUAUAGUAUUUGGCUAAGUUCUGAAAAAUUUGCAUGUUUUGAAAGGACUUAUGCUUUGCUUUAACCUAGAAACAUAUAUAAGUAGUGUAUACUAAAUGGCUUUUCUUUUGCUUUUUUAAGCAUUAUUUACUAAUGUGUACAUUGGUUUCUCCGUUUAUGAAGAUAGAGAAAUAUUCCAGUGAAAAUUUUUGCAAGCUGAAAUGGUAUAAUUUAAAAAAUAAUUGUUAGUCAUAAAUUUUAUAUUGGGAAGUGUUUAAGUAUUGCCCAGUCUCCUGAGGAUGGAUUAGAACUAUCAUAUCAUAUCGUAUAUCAAAUAAUGAUUAAAAUACAUAUAACAUUUCACGUAACUCUUAAAAGAAAGCAUGAUAUAAUACAUACACAGACCACAUAAAUAGAAUUAACAUAUAUAUAUUGCAGUUUCACUCUCCAGAAUUAAAGAAGUAGCAAAUGUAUUAGAAGUGUCAAAAGAUGGUGCUAAUGACAGUGUUAGGCUGAGUUUUGAAAAUUUGGUAGAGGGAAAUAAGUGGACUCGAAUUUUGGAGAAAUACUAUGAUCUCUUUUAUCUUAUCAUCAUUUGUAUUCAUCAGGUCACUUAAUUAACUGUUAGAUUUACUAUCUGUGUUGUAUGAACUUUUAUGUUUCUCUGUGACAGAAGUAUUGAAGUAUCAAGGUUUGUCCCGUGUACUGGCUGAUGUGAAAGGUUUAAAAUAUGAGACUAUGUUUGUUUAUUUAUUUAGGCAGGUAUACUUAUAUAUUUCCUGUCAUAUAAUUCUUAUAAGCAUUCAAAACAUUCUGCAAAACUUUCCUAAGCCAGCAUGUUCUUUCACGAAUAAAGCCAUACUUUUAUGCAGUUAUUGCAUAAAACCAACACAGAAUGCAGUGUGUCUUUUUAUAAAACCACAUUAGUAGUUGUAUUCAUUUUCACCAUUCUGUGAGAAAUCCUUAUUAAUUGUUAAAUUAUAAAAUGAGAAGUAAAUAUGGUUUAUAAUAAUAUUAAUUAUUAUUAUUUAUUUUUAAAUAUUGUGUUUCCAAUUACAGUCAAAAGUCGUUAAUUCGGACACCC